UGUGGCGCGGCCGGAAGGAACGCAGUAGCGGCCUCGGCGGCAACGGCGGCGGCAGCUGGAGCAGCGGCGAAGCUUUUCGAGCGGCUGCUUCAGGUGACUUGAGACUGAACUCCGGGCGCCGAUCCGCGCUCGCGGAGCUGGGCUAGCUGCGUGGCAGACCCUGUGGAAUAGAUGAUUGCCAUGUUUGGGUACUAACAAUCACAUAUAUAUUUAUAUCGGAAUUUGAAAAUGGCAGAAGGAAACAACAAAGAAGAGGUCAUUCACUUGAACAACUUUCACUGCCACCAGGGAGAGGAAUGGAUGAGUGUCAGAGAUGGGCCCAUCACCAUAUCUGACUCCUCUGAUGAGGAAGGGAUUCCCAUGCUUGUUACUCCUGCUACUGAGCAACAUGAAGAUGAUGACCUGGAUGAUGAUGUCAUACUGACAGAAAAACAUAAACCUCAGACAUCCCGACCCAAUCUCAUCAAACCAGCUGCCCAGUGGCAAGAUCUGAACAGAUUGGGAGAAGAAAGGCCUAGAAAGUCUAGAGAAAACUGUGAAGCAGAUCCCCACAGCUAUUUUUCCUUUUGUAAUGACUCACUAUUUGAUUCUGGGGCACAGGAUGAUUCUGAGGAUGAAUAUGGUCAAUUUCUGGAUCUUGGGAGUAGCAAAAAAGGAGAAACCAAACCUGGACCGAGCAAUAAGCAGACAGCAAACAACAUUGUCAACCCCAAAUUGGAGCAGAAAGUCAUUAUAGUGGGAGAAAAUGGCAUUCUUUUCCCAAAAAGUGAGCCUUUGAAAGCUCAGAACCAAUCAUCUGAAGACUCAGAGACAGAUCUCUUAUCAAAUCCUGGAGAGUCAACUGCCUCAGUAGAUGACCAAGUAAUCGAAGAAGAGUACUGGCUGGACCAUACAUACUUCCAGGCUCUGAAUCCACAGCCUCAGGAGAGAACAAAUCAAGAGCGACAUUCUGAAGCAGAAAUGGGUCCAAUGUUCUUCCGCCAUGAUUUCCCAGAGCCAGCUUUUCCAAGGCCAGAACCUCCGCAGGAGGGGAUUCCAGGCCCUGCUUCUCCUCAGCCAGCCCAUCCUCUAGGAGAACUUGAAGACCAGCAGUUAGCAAUUGAUGAAGACCCUGGACCAGCUUUCCCCCUUCCAGGAUCUCAGCAGGCUAAUUUGGAAAACAUGUGGGAACAAGAAGCUGCUGAAGGAGAUCAAGAACUUAUUACACUAUUAGUUAAAGAAACAGAAGCAAGAUUUCCAGAUGUAGCAAAUGGAUAUGUUAAAGAGAUAAUUCAUUUGAAGAAUUACUAUGAUUUGAAUGUACUUUGUAAUUUUCUUCUGGAAAACCCAGAUUAUCCAAAGAGAGAAGACCGAAUUAUUAUCCACCCCAGCAGCAGCCUGCUCGCCAGCCAGGAUGAUGUGAAGUUGCCUAAAAUAGACUUUUUUGACUAUUCCAAAUUGACUCCACUUGACCAACGAUGCUUCAUCCAAGCUGCUGACCUCUUGAUGGCUGAUUUCAAGAUGCUCAGCAGCCAGGACAUCAAGUGGGCCCUACAUGAGCUCAAAGGACACUAUGCAAUCACCCGUAAGGCCUUUUCUGAUGCUAUUAAAAAAUGGCAGGAGCUGUCACCUGAAGCCAGUGGAAAACGGAAAAAGAGGAAAGAAAUGAACCAGUAUUCUUUCAUAGAUUUCAAAUUUGAACAAGGUAACAUAAAAAUAGAAAAGAGAAUGUUCUUUCUGGAAAACAAGCGUCGACACUGCAGAUCCUAUGACCAGCAGGCCCUCCUUCCAGCUGUGCAGCAAGAGCAGGAAUUCUACGAGCAGAAAAUCAAAGAGAUGGCAGAGCAUGAAGACUUUUUGCUUGCUCUUCAGAUGAAUGAAGAACAAUAUCAAAAGGAUGGACAGCUGAUUGAGUGUCGCUGCUGCUAUGGGGAGUUCCCAUUUGAGGAGCUGACACAGUGUGCUGAUGCUCACUUGUUCUGCAAAGAAUGCCUCAUCAGAUAUGCUCAAGAGGCAGUAUUCGGGUCUGGAAAGUCAGAACUCAGUUGCAUGGAAGGCAGCUGCACAUGUUCCUUCCCGACUAGUGAACUGGAGAAGGUGCUUCCCCAGACCAUUCUGUUCAAAUACUAUGAACGGAAAGCUGAAGAGGAAGUCGCUGCAGCCUAUGCUGAUGAACUUGUUCGAUGCCCCUCAUGUAGCUUCCCUGCUCUGUUGGACAGCGAUGUGAAGAGGUUCAGCUGUCCUAAUCCUCGCUGCCGAAAGGAGACCUGUAGGAAGUGUCAAGGACUCUGGAAAGAGCAUAAUGGCCUGACCUGUGAAGAGCUGGCAGAAAAGGAUGACAUCAAGUACCGGACAUCUAUUGAAGAAAAAAUGACUGCUGCUCGCAUUAGAAAAUGCCACAAGUGUGGGACUGGCCUCAUCAAAUCUGAAGGCUGCAACCGCAUGUCUUGCCGCUGUGGUGCUCAGAUGUGCUACCUCUGUCGAGUUUCUAUCAAUGGCUAUGACCAUUUCUGCCAGCAUCCUCGUUCUCCAGGAGCCCCUUGCCAGGAAUGUUCCAGGUGCUCCCUCUGGACUGACCCCACUGAAGAUGACGAAAAGCUGAUUGAAGAAAUCCAAAAGGAGGCUGAAGAAGAACAGAAAAGGAAGAAUGGAGAGAACACCUUCAAGCGCAUUGGACCUCCACUGGAGAAGCCAGCUGAGAAAGUACAGCGUGUGGAAGCCCUACCACGGCCUGUCCCACAGAACCUGCACCCACAGAUGCCUCCCUACGCCUUUGUGCACCCACCUUUCCCCCUGCCACCUGUGCGGCCUGUGUUCAACAAUUUCCCCAUUAACAUGGGUCCUGUGCCCGCACCCUAUGUUCCCCCUCUGCCCAACGUGCGUGUCAACUAUGAGUUUGGCCAUGUGCAUGUGCCCCUGGAGCACAAUCUGCCCAUGCACUUUGGUCCCCAGCCACGGCAUCGCUUCUGACACUUAAAGCCCUGUCCAGCCACGUGGAGUCUGCAGGAAGACCCAGUCUCACCUUAGUAGGCGUGGAGUCUUUGCUUCCCUCCCUCAUGAGGGUGGGCUCAUGUCCUCUUGCUCUUCUCUUUGCAAGGUUCGCUGACCCUUCAGGUCCGAUACCCUUUGGGUGCUGUCACUGGGGCAGUGUUACAGCAGCUCCCUGGUUGUGCCAUCUUAGCAGCCAGUACAAUGGCUCUGACCAUGAAGAGGGCCCCUUAAUCACUUGCUACACUCCCUCCCCAGCAGACAACUGAAAGGCUAAGCGAGGUGGCCUGCAUCCCCAGGCCGGGCCUCUCAUUCCUUGUUGCCCAAGGCCCACUCAGGUUCAAGGGCCUCCAAGACACAUCUAUGGCGCAAGUUUUGUUCUGUUAUCAAAGCAGUUGCUCCUGUUCACGUAGUUUGAGCUGAAGUUGUUCAUGAGCUACUCGAGUUUGUCCCCACUCUUGCAAAGUCAAGUUGGAAGUAUUUCCGCAGGGCUGGCAACUGCUGAGAGCCUCCCAACACUUGACAUCAGACAAAAGCCUAUUUUGCGAAGCUGUCACUCAUUCCUGGGCUGCCCUUUUCUGGGGAGAUGUCACUUGUCACCAGCCUGGGAUGAGCAGCAUCUCCUCUAAGGUGUUUCUGGGUUUUCCUGGGGCAGAGCCUCUCCACCCCGCUCCAGGAUGAGAGCGACUGCCUUCCCUGAAGUCAGAGGAGAAUGUUCCCGCUGCCUGUGUCCCCUCCUGUCCAGACUAUUUGCAGAACAGGACUGGCAGCAGAUAUUUUCUCCAUUGUAUUGACUACCCUUGUCCUCCCGUUGCUGUGGGGUGCUCCACGUUCAAAAUGUACAGACUUGGAAGUGGGAAGAUGUCCGUAGGAAGGGGGAAAGACUCCUUGAGGUACCCCUGGUCACCUGAGUGUGGGUGGGGCACACAUAGUGGUGGCUCAGGAGCCCUUCUGUGGGUCACCUGAACAGUGCUACUAGUCUGAAUGACAGUGCCUUGGAAAGAUGGGCCACCUGCUGCAUGACAGGAUCCUCCAAGUACCUUAACUAUUAGUGUUUGUGUUCCCUGUACUUCUCCGGGUGGUUACUUCAAGCACUGCCCUCCAAGGCCUCAUGAGGCGCUGGACUGGGCACCCAGUUCUGGUUCGACACAGUACUCCUAUCACGUUAUCCACCAAGAGGCCAGGUGAGGAGCCUGGCAGUUUCUGGGGUUGCUGGAAGAACAGGUGCCACCCAAACCUUGGCCCUCAGAGAGGUAAAGCCAGGGUCAUGUCCUCUGAAAUGCAGUCUGUCUGUGGCCACACAUGGCUGCAGAGAAGGCUGCUGUUGCCUGUCUCCAUCAAGGCCUCUUAUCCUUAGUGUCCUCCCAGAACCUGUGUGCCAGCAGGAAUCGCCAAGGCAGCUGGCACCUUAACCUCUGGGGCUGAGGCUGCUUCCUGGUCUGAGAAACUGCCUAGCCACUCCCAGUGUAUUUGCCUUAAAACUGGAGAGAAUUUAGUAUUUGCACUUAGCAAAAUAUUUCAGAAGAGAAAAGUGCAUGAUCUCGCUUUAUAUAUAAAAAAAUUUUUUUAAAAAAAUGAAGUAGAUGGCUAAAUGUUUUUCUUUACCUUUUUGGUAGUAAAAAUAGAGAAACUAUGUCUGUUUAAACUACUGUGUAAAAAGACUGUAUCAUAUGUAACUUGAAUUUUGUGUAAAUAAAUGUUU